AUGUCGAAGAAAACCGCGCGGCGCGUGACAAGUACUAGUGCAAUGCUGCAAUUUGGGUCCGUGUUCUUCACAGUGACGUACGUAGUACUGCGUCGAACGUGUCCAUAUACUUUGUUUCAUCUACCCACACCGAGCGGAUCAAGAACUGUCGGCCUCGAAGACCAACUGAUGGUGAUGUUGCGAGGGUGCCGGAGUGUGAGAGUCAAAUCUGAGUGUUUUGGUGCAUUUCGAGCGUGUGACAGGUACAGAAUCGCGAAAAGCGCUCUUCGCGUUUAUUGGAAUUCAUACCAGCGCAACUCUAUUUUUCGUUUUCCAAACCCGAAAACAAGUACUAUAGACCACGAGUGGCCACUAAAUGGCUUUUUAGCUGCCGCUCGUAGAUAGUCUUCUACUUCUUCAUCGAUUCGGGCUAUUUUUUGUCUGAGCUGGAGAAUUUCUGAAUCUGUGCUAAAUCAUGCUGGGUGGCGCGGACCACUACCCCGAGUCUUGCGCGAAGAUAAUCUUGGUCGGGGUCCCAUGGGGGUUCGAAGCGGGCUGCCAUAGCGUCGCUGCGCGGCUUUGAAUUGAUGCGCGGACGCGGAAGAAGGAACCAGCCUGGUGAGAGGUGUGCAUCGCGUGAAGCGCUACGCCGGGAGUCACCUACUCGCAGCCCCUUGCUUAAACAGCUCAGACCAUGACAAAGGCCGCCCCACCCCGCGGCCUAAUGUCAUGGGCCCGCCGCGCCCGCCAUCCCGGCCCGCCGAGGAGGGCUGGCGCGCGAGGAUGCCCGGGGGGCGCCGUUGUGGGCCCGCCCGCUUCCCAGAGCGCCCCCCGCCCCAGCAGCGGCGGUGGCGCUCCGUAGGGCGUUGGCCGGGCCGUAACCCCCUGGGCCCGCCCGCUCAGUGACAUGUGCAUCUGCCAGCCCCAUGCCCGUGCGCCGGUGGCGCUUGGAGGUCCGUCUGGUGGGGCGCCAGCCCUUCCUUGGUUGGCUGGCAGACCCAAUGCGGCGCGGAUGUGUCUACCUUUUGUUCCCGUGCAAGGCCGCAGCCGGAUGAUUUACUUAUAUUACAACCAUAACGGGGGGUCUACUCAUCGGCUUCAG